GGCCGUGGAGAAUGGGCGCUUUGUGCAAGCGGUCGCGGCGGCGGAUCGAGGGUCUUCAGGCACUGGCGGCUCACCGUGAGUGAGUGGUGUCAGUGCGGGGGUCGGGGUUGCGGUGUUGUGUGGUUUUACACAGCGGGGUGAGAGAGAGGGGAGUGUACGCUCCGGGGCGGUGGAGGGUGGGGGUUUGUUUUGUUUUUGUCGAUCGGUGGGUAAUCCUAAGAUGGCGGCGGGGCCUGGGCUCGCUCCCCGGUUAUUCCCGGCCGUUCUGCUCCUGGCGGCAGCGGUAGCGGCAGCUUCUUCCUCGGCUUGUCCCCCGCAAUGUUCCUGCGACGUCGGCCUGGUGGAUUGCAGCAGGGGGCAAGUGGCCGCGAUUCCUCAGCAGCUUCCAGCCUGGAUCAAGCAUCUAGAUUUGAGUCACAAUCGACUGGUUUCCACAAAAGACUCUGUAUUCGAGGGCCUUCACACACUUCUGGAAGUGAAUAUCAACUAUAAUCUACUCUCUACAAUCCCAACACUGGGGGCAGUAGCAGCCAACAUUACCGUCCUGUCACUAACACACAAUCAGCUAACUGAGAUAAUUGCUGAGGACCUUCUGCCGUACAGUGCUUUGGAGACCUUGGACCUGAGCUCAAAUUUAAUUUCAGAAAUCAAAACCUCUUCGUUCCCUAUAAUGCAAUUGAAAAACCUACAUUUGAACAAUAAUCGAAUUACCGUCCUAGAACCGGGCUGUUUUGAUAAUUUGUCCAACACCUUGCUCGUCCUGAAACUGAACAGGAAUAAAAUUACUGUCAUUCAACCAAAGAGCUUCCGCUUGCCUCAGCUUCAAUACCUGGAGCUAAAACGCAACCGAAUCAGAAUUGUCGAGAGUCUAACGUUUCAUGGCCUCGACUCAUUGAAGUCAUUGAAACUGCAGUGUAAUGGGAUCUGCGAACUCAAGGAUGGAGCCUUCUGGGGGCUGAAUGAAAUCACAGAGCUGGAUUUGGAACAUAAUAACUUAACUGAAGUAACUAAGGGCUGGCUAUAUGGCCUCAAACUGCUGCAGCAUCUCCACCUGAGCCAGAAUGCCAUCACCAGGGUCAGUGCAGAUGCCUGGGAGUUCUGCCAGAAGCUGACUGAAUUAGACAUGACCUACAAUCAGAUGACUCGUUUAGAUGAGUCUACUUUUGUAGGCUUGAAUUUGCUUGAGAGUUUGUACAUGGGUGACAACAGAGUGAGUUAUAUCGCUGAUGGAGUCUUUAGCAGUUUGUCUAACUUGCUGACGCUUGAUCUCAGGAAUAACAAAAUUUCAUGGGCAAUCGAGGAUUCACAUGGUGUUUUUACCGGAUUAGUCAAGCUGCGAAAGUUAAUCCUGCAGGGUAGCAAAAUAACAUCCAUCACAAAGAAAGCAUUUUCUGGGCUGGAAACUCUUGAAUACCUAGAUUUGAGCAACAAUGCUAUCAUGUCCAUUCAAGAAAAUUCUUUUGCCCAAAUGAGCUUGAAGGAACUGGGUCUGAACACAUCCAGUCUUCUGUGUGACUGUCAGCUGAAGUGGCUGCCUCAAUUUCUAAAGGAAAAACAGUUUCAGCAUACAGUCACUGCUAACUGUGCUCACCCUGUUUGGCUGGCUGGGAAAAACAUUUUUAAUGUUGAUGCAGAGGAUUUCAUUUGUGAUGCUUUCCCAAAACCAUUGAUCACUGCCCAUCCUGAAACCACUGUGGCAUUGAGAGGGAUGAAUGUCAGCUUUAGCUGCACAGCCUGUAGCAGCAGUGACUCCCCCAUGGCCGCUGUGUGGAGAAAGGACAGGGAGUUACUGUACGAAGCUGAAAUUCAGAACUAUUCUAGCUUGCAAGAACAGGAUGGUGAAUUUGUUGAAUACACCACCGUACUACAACUGCGGAACGUCAAUUUCACAGACGAGGGGUGGUACCAGUGUGUCAUCACAAAUUACUUUGGCUCCAAUUAUUCUAACAAGGCAGAGCUAACUGUGAAUGAACUUCCGUCAUUUAUGAAAACCCCCAUGGAUUUAACAAUCCGGACAGGUGCAAUGGCACGGCUUGAGUGUGCUGCAGGAGGUCACCCAAUGCCACAGAUUGCUUGGCAGAAAGAUGGUGGCACAGACUUUCCAGCAGCACGGGAACGGCGUAUGCAUGUCAUGCCAGAGGAUGAUGUCUUCUUCAUUGUAAAUGUGAAGAUGGAGGACAUGGGCAUGUACAGCUGUAUGGCCCAAAACACGGCAGGGGGCAUUUCCGCAAAUGCUACACUGACUGUCCUAGAAACUCCCUCAUUUGUGCGGCCAUUAGAAAAUCGGACUGUUGCUAGAGGAGAGACUGCAGUUUUACAGUGUAUAGCUGGUGGUAGCCCCAUUCCACGACUGAACUGGACAAAGGACGAUCGCCCUUUAACUGUAACAGAGAGACACUUCUUUGCUGCUGCCAGCCAGCUUCUGAUCAUUGUAGAUGCUGGCCCAGAGGACAUUGGGAAGUAUACCUGUGUCAUGUCAAACACGCUUGGGACGCUGCGCGGGCACAUUUAUCUGAAUGUGAUUCCAACUUCCAACUGCGACUCCAUGCAGAAAACUUCAUUGUUUGGAGACGAUGGCUGGACAACAAUUGGAAUUGUAAUUAUAGUCGUGGUGGUUUGUGUCGUGGGCACGUCUCUGGUCUGGGUGAUUGUUAUCUAUCACAUGAGACGGAAGAGUGAAGAUUACAGUAUUACAAAUACAGAUGAAAUGAAUUUACCUGCUGACAUUCCAAGCUAUCUGUCAUCCCAAGGAACGCUGUCUGAGCCUCAGGAAGGGUACAGCAACUCUGAGGCCGGAAGCCACCAACAGCUGAUGGCCUCCACUACCCAUGGCUAUGUGCAUAAAGGAACUGAUGGUAUUUGCUACGUGGAUACUGGAAGUGAGACGGAUGCGGAUUUGCUGACCACCCCUUUUGGUACAAAUCUGCAUGGGAGAAUGGGAUCUUUAUAUGCUGGGCGAAGUAGCUUCCAUCCAAGUGAACCUCGUGAAGGACUUGCGCAGCAGGUCAACCCAGGUGGUACUUCUGGGCCGUUAGUGAUCUGCUCGGACUGUUACGACAAUGCAAACAUAUACUCAAAGAACAGAGAGUAUUGCCCAUAUACAUUCCUUGCAGAGGAGGAUCCCCAGGAACAUGCUCUGACUGGCAGCUUCGCAGUACAUACUCAGCAUGAAGGUACAGCUAUAGACAGUCUGGUAACAGAGGCUGACGUGUCUGUUUCUUUAACAAAUCACGAUAGGAUACGCAAUCCAGCAAGUACAGUACAGCUGCACCGGAAGGAAUCCUGCCCACGGCCUCCUUGGAGUUCGAGUACAGAUUCAGGACAUUCUCAUUAUUCUCAGCAACCUGUGACUAUCCACAAGAAUCCCCAGGCUUUUUUGCAAGGUGACGAUGAGACAGAGGAUGGGGCUGAGCCCCCUGUAGCCAAAAACAGACUGAGCCAGAGAAGCCUUGAGCAAAGUACUGGUAAUGAGCGAACUCUAGCCAUGCAGGCUCAUGGCGCCACUACGUAGAUCAUGUAUGUGAUGAUUGCGCAUGUAUUGUUGGUCCCCUGGGCAACAGAACCUCCAUUCACUACCUCAGAGCAGUGACACUGAGGCCAGAACUGGCUAUGUAUGUUUAUGAUUAGGCUUGGCAGAUCUUCAUUGAUCUCCUUAUCUUCAUUUACAGCAAUCCUCGUAAGGAAGCAACAAAAGAAUGAUUCACUAUUGGGUACGUUGUUCUGGUGUAAGCCACAUGUUUAACUUUAAUAGGAGACUUUAGUAUUUCGGCCAUUUUCUUGAAGGCAAAAAUGAAAAUUAGAAUUGUGGAAUGCUCCCUGAAAUAUUGGCAAGCCUCCUGGAAUCACAUUUAAAAAUUUUUAAAUUGCCUGCAAACAUUGACUAUAGAAAAAGCCUCCCUCCAGCCUAAUAAUUGGACCCCUUAAUUUUCUCACUGAUGAUAGCAGACUGUGUACUCACCAGUAAUUCAUCUUGUGCUUGGCUCAGUGUCUUCCCCAGAAUAAGUCCAAGUUUGGAACACUAAAAUCUAAAAUCAGGUUGCUGGAUGUAUAUUUCAUAGUUCCAGUGAAUGCAGUGUGCUGAAUGUUACUGACAUUGCACUGUCAAAACUACAGAAAGUAAAUUGAACUGAUUUGAGAGCAGCAAAUGGAUGAGUAAUCUUAUGUAAUUGUUCUCCUGUCUAAACUGAUUUCACAGUAACGUGAUUGCUAGGUUUCCAGCUCCGGAUGGGACUUUCCAAUUAGCCUUUCUAAAAGGAUAUCAUCUUUGCCAAGACAGCAGCUCUCACUUAUAAAUGCAUCCAAAAGAACAUUCUCUCUUCUCUCCCAAGUGUGACAAGUAUGUAGGCAGUCAGCUGGCAGACACCACGUUGAGUUAUUGGUUAUAAUCCAGCUUCAGUGCAUAAAAUACAGAGCCAUUAGAGUGUCUGGACUGCAUUAAUGAUGUGGAAUAUACUGAUUGAAUUGUGAGUUUUUGCAAUGCUGCCAGAAGAUGAUUUAUAAUGCUGCAUACAUUCCUGGUUUUUUAAAUCAUUAAAGUUUAAAAAAGAACUUGCAGUGCUCCAGCUACAAUGCACUCAGUGCAACAUGAACGCUGUAUCUUGCCUGCAAGAUUUGAGUAGGACAGUUUUUGGAUUGACAUGGGACUACUGCUGAGAAAAAAAAAUUGGCCUCGACUAUCUGCAAGUGCAAGAAUUUGAAAACGCAAGCUGUUGGUUUAACCAACUAAAGAGCUCAUGCUCCAGAUUGUCCUUGGCUGUUCAAGACUUGAACUGGAACUGAAGCAGUGACAACAGCUGUACUUAAUGGAUUUCAGUGGCAAACAGUGAAACUUUCCUCCUCAUGAAUUGCCGUAUAAUCUUGGCAGGAUGAUCAUAAACAUACAUGCACGGAUUUCAUUUUGGCCUAAUGGUGAUUCCUUGUUAGGUAGCCAGCAGGAGAGAAUGUGCUGUGCGGAGAUGUUAAACCAUUAAACUGUUCUCUGUGACUGAUUAAACCCUUCCCCUGUCACAAUGUCCUUGUCUAUAUUGGAACCUUUGAUAUAAAUUGACUGUUGCAUUUAUAGCUUUUAUAUAUUAUAUAUAGAUAUAUAUAUAUUCUAUGCAUAUGCACAUGAGUAAAAUCAAAUGUGAAGCCUUACAUAAUGUAAAUAAGUUUCCUUUUUUAAAUUAUGGAUUUGAGUGCUAAUUGUCAGAACUGGUGAAGUGAUGCACGUGAUAUACAUAGCUGGGCCAGCAUUUUCAAUUCCACCAUCCGCAUUGUCCUGGAACUGCAGCUUUAACCGACAUUUCUAGUUAUUGAUGUUCAAUCACUACACGUCAAUGGAACAUGAUGACCAAUGGAGCCAUUCACUGCUCCCAUGCUCAGUUUGAGUUCUGUACAUAUAACAACCUGAGUGUUUCAUAAUUUCCUCUGAUUUUUGAAUGUGCAAUCCUGUUGUGUUAGAACAAAACAUCAUUGUGAAAUGGCAGCUGUGAACAGACAGCCCAUUCAUCAGCUUCAGAAAUUUAUAAAUUCUCCCAUUUAAUAAGCACUUGUCCUUAAACUUUUUGCAUCUACAUGAACUCACUCUUAAAAUAGAUAUGAUCAAAUUGAAGUUGUCCAGUAGCAACAGUUGUGUCUGCAGUCGGUUUAUGUUGACAAAAACCAAGUACUGAAAUAGAAACACAGAAAGCUGGAAAUACUGUACCCAACAGGUCAGGUAAUGUGUGUGGAGCAAGAAAAAAAAACAAGUUCAUGUUUCAGGCCAGUGAACAAUGAAAGCAAUUCUGAUGAAAUGUCACUAACCUUGAAUAUUCAAACUGUAAAAUGAAGGUGGGGAAACCCUGGCUAGACUCUAAACUCUGUUUAAGCCCUUCAGGAAAUGUACUAUUGUUGGUCAUCUUUCAGGAGUACUAAGUAAAUGAUCAGUUAUGACUGAAUUUUGCCUUUAGAUGAACUUAAUUAGAAUUAUGGUCAAAAAAUUACUUUCAGCCCUAUGUAAAUUGAUGAACACAGCCUGUUUCCUGCAUGGAAGGUCAAAAAACCACUGCAGAUACGAUACCAUGCCCACCAUCUUGUGCAGCCAUUAGAUUGUGCCUCAGUCGGCAUAGGAUAGGCCGUAUCCAAGUCUGACCGUAUAAGUGUAUUAGUCUUGUUCUAGUACAAGCCUUCAAAUGUUUGGAGAUCGAAUUCAAUGAAACUGUUAGCUUGUGUUUUUAAAUAGGAGAAUUGUAUGAAAACUUCCCAAUUAUUGUGGAAACCCAGCAGAUUGAUUGACUAAUGCCUGUCAGAGAAGGGAAACUGCCAUUCUUGCAUUGUCUGACCCUACAUGUCUCUACUUCGUACUAUGUGGUUGAUUCAUCGUGCUUACUGGUGCCAUCCACAUCCAGAAAAUUAUCAACCACAAAGCUGAAAAACUAUUAACUGUCAACAGACUUUUUUCUUUGGACAAGUGAUUCCAUCAAUAAAGGCCAUCUCAGUGAACCAUUUGGGUUUUUUGACCAUAUAGUGUCUUCCUAAUCAGUUCACAAUGUUUUAGAACAUAGAACAUAGAACAGUACAGCACUGUUCGGUGAAUUUUUAAUCCAGGGUGCAUUUACUGGCCUAGGAACAACACCCAUAUCCAACCUGUUUGUUCUCUGUAGUAUUUGCUUUUGACUGUUCAUAUCCUCCUGUCUUUCACUUGCUCCUGUGGCAAGCUGCCACCUGAUAUAUAUUAAUUGCCACUUGCCUAGUUCUGUUUUCUUUCCGCUUUUGAAUCACUAGGGGGGAAAUAAGGAGGUAGUGGAAUUUCGUUAAUAAUUCUUCAAAGUUCUGUGGGUUUUUAAACCAGGCAGUGGUAAUGAUGAACAACAGAUUUAUCUGACCCGAUACUGUCAGCGGUUGUAGUACACUGAUUGAUUUAUUUCAUUGAUGUCAGGGUUUGUUUCAGUGACUAAUGAUUGACUUGGGUGAAUUAUUAAACAUUCCAUUCUGAAACGUACAUAGGUGAUUGUGAAGAUCUGCUAAGGUGGCUUGACUGGUUGGUAAUGGAUUUCUGGCAUUUUUUAAUUCAGCCAAAUUUUGGGAUUCUAUAGACUGGCCAUUCAGCCCAUUUGGUCUUUGCCAACAUUUAUGUUCCUGAUGAGCAUCCCUCCCCUCAUGCUACUUUAAUCUGACAAGACUAGUAUAACCUGGUCUGUCACCUUUAUAAUAAAAUGUGAGGC